AUGUAUUUGGACCGAUAUUUAAAAGCUGGUGAUGUUUUGAUGUCAUAUACUCUACAGGUAAUUAUUCCAGAGGCUGAGACCAGAGCAGGAUUGGCUUUGAAACCCAAAAUGUUCCCUGUUACUGUUACAGACCGACCAGUAAUGGAUGUGACCUUCUCUCAGUUUUUGGCAUCCAUCUCGGGGAAGAUCUCUUGUUUAGAUGCUUGUGGUGAUCUCAUGGUGAUAUUACAGUCUGUGAGCCGCCAGGGUGAAAAACGCAACCUGCAGCUCUCUGGAAACAUGGACUCAGUGGUCUUCACAUUUGAAAAUGUGCUACCUGGCAAAUACAAAGUAAGCAUUGUACAUGAAGACUGGUGCUGGAAGAAUAAGUCUCUGGAGUUGGAAGUCAUGGAGGAAGAUGUUUCGGGAGUAGAAUUCAGGCAGACUGGAUAUAUGCUGAGGUGUUCUCUUUCUCAUGCAAUUACACUGGAAUUUUAUCAGGAUGGAAAUGGGCCAGAGAACGUUGGUGUUUAUAACCUGUCCAAAGGAGUUAAUAGAUUCUGUCUUUCAAAGCCAGGUGUAUAUGAAGUUACCCCACGUUCCUGCCACCAAUUUGAACAUGAGUAUUACACUUACGACACGUCUUCUCCUAGUAUACUGACACUCACUGCAGUUCGACACCAUGUCCUUGGCACGAUUGUAACAGAUAAACUGAUGGAUGUGACUGUUACCAUUAAGUCAUCCAUUGACAGUGAACCCGCCUUAGUUUUAGGGCCCCUGAAGUCUGUACAGGAGUUACGUAGGGAGCAGCAGCUGGCAGAAAUUGAGACCCGCCGACAGGAGAGAGAAAAGAAGGGUCAAGAGGAGGAAGGAACAAAGCCACCAGUGCAAGAAAUGGUGGAGGAACUCCAAGGACCGUUCCUGUAUGAAUUUUCAUACUGGGCAAGGUCUGGAGAGAAAAUUACUGUGACACCAUCAUCAAAAGAGCUGCUUUUCUACCCGCCUUAUGUGGAAACAGUUGUUAGUGGAGAGAGUUGUCCUGGAAAACUGAUAGAGAUUCAUGGAAAAGCAGGUUUAUUUCUGGAAGGGCGAAUUCAUCCUGAAUUGGAAGGCGUUGAGAUUGUCAUUAGUGAAAAGGGAGCAACUUCCUCGCUCAUCACAGUUUUCACUGAUGACAAAGGUGCUUACAGUGUUGGACCACUCCACAGUGACUUGGAAUAUACAGUUACUGCUCAGAAAGAAGGGUUUGUUUUGACUGCAGUAGAAGGAACAGUUGGGGACUUCAAAGCUUUUGCUCUUGCUGGGGUUACGUUUGAGAUCAAAUCAGAGGAUGACCAGGCUCUUGCCGGAGUUCUCUUGUCUCUCAGUGGAGGGGUGUUUCGAUCCAACCUCCUUACACAGGAUAACGGCAUGCUGACUUUUUCCAAUCUGAGCCCAGGGCAGUAUUAUUUUAAACCCAUGAUGAAAGAGUUUCGCUUUGAGCCAUCGUCACAAAUGAUUGAAGUGCAGGAAGGACAGAAUCUUAAAAUUCGGAUAACUGGUUACAGGACAGCUUACAGCUGUUACGGCACAGUUUCUUCUUUAAAUGGAGAGCCGGAGCAGGGAGUCUCAGUAGAAGCUGUGGGGCAGAAGGAUUGUAGCAUCUAUGGAGAAGACACGAUAACUGAUGAAGAGGGCAAAUUCAGGCUACGUGGCCUCCUGCCUGGUUGUGUGUAUCAUGUCCAACUCAAAGCUGAAGGCAAUGAUCACAUUGAAAGAGCUUUACCACAACAUCGUGCAAUUGAGGUUGGGAACAGUGACAUUGAUGAUGUUAAUAUUAUAGCAUUCCGGCAAAUUAAUCAGUUUGAUUUAAGUGGAAAUGUAAUUACAUCUUCCGAAUAUCUCUCCACAUUAUGUGUGAAGCUCUACAAAAGUGAAAAUCUUGACAACCCAAUUCAUACAGUCAACUUAGGCCUAUCCCUAUUUUUCCAUUUCCCACCGCUACUCCGAGAUGGAGAGAAUUAUGUGGUGCUUCUGGAUUCUACAUUGUCUAAAUCACAGUAUGACUACACCCUGCCUCAAGUUUCGUUCACUGCUAUUGGAUAUCAUAAACACAUUACGCUGAUCUUCAGUCCCACUAGAAAGCUGCCUGAACAAGAUAUCGCCCAAGGAUCUUACAUCGCGUUACCACUGACGCUGCUUCUGUUGUUGGCUGGUUACAACCAUGAUAAGCUCAUUCCCUUGUUGCUACAGCUGACAACUCGACUGCAAGGAGUACGUGCUCUUGGACAGACAGGUUCUGACACAGGUGGUUCAGAGGAUGCAAAGAGGCAAACGAAAAAACAGAAGACAAGACGGACGUGAGAGGAAAGGAAUGAUUGCAUGAAGUGGCGCUCCAUCAAACUGGAGCCUGAGGAAGCAAAGCCACUAAGAUACAUUUUUGUUGAAUUUGCUGACUUUACAUUUUCAUUGUUGCUACAUGAGUGCCAUUUGUCACACUAGCUCCAUUUUGGUUGUAAAUUUUCUAUGGAGUCUAUAGAUUUCCUUGUUGUAAAGUAAUGAAAUGAAUGCCUCUGUUGUCACUGUGAGUGCAUCUCCCAUACUUGAAGA